CAAAUUAGGUUAAGCAUCCUCUUCAACUUUAAAUAGGUAUUUUGUUGUUCUCUGUUGGCUACGCCGGUAAUACCAACACCACAUGGCUAUAUUGUCUUGCAGUAGUGUUACUGGUGGCGAAUUAAAGUUUUGGCGGUUAAAGUGAUGUUAAAAGAGUGAACAUUUUUAUUUAACGAAUUGUAUUACUGUUACUCAAUUAAUAUCUAUCAAGAUUGAAUGGGGGACUUUCCGUUAGGAUUUCGGGAAGUUAUUCCUGAUCAAACGUUGCCUGAGAAAUGGAAGGAAUUGACUUUGAAUACAGGGGGGACACAGAGUACAUUACAGGACAUCAAAGUUCCAGAGAGAGCUGGAGGUUACUGCUACAAGGACUCAACAAAGCAUUACACAAGAAACCGAUUUAUUUAUUGGCGGAUAUGUCACGAUGUUCUGGAGUUGGUUGAGCACAGCCUGGAUGUGAACCUAGUUGGGAACAACAUCCGCUGCAAGUUCCAGGACACCCCAGUGCUGGAGGGACUCACCAUCCAUGAGACAUACAACAGUAUUGUAGUGCUGGUAGCGACCGUGUCCAGCGUACAUCGUCUCUCAUUCCCACACCCUGACAAGAUUCACAAGCAGGAGCAUCUGUUUGCCCACCAUACAGACUCGAGCAUCAUGUCCAUCUUUGCUGAGGCUUCAGCGAGCGCAGCGAAAGAUCCUCGAACUUUCCAUGUUAUAAACAACACGGUGGCCAGUACACCUCUGCCCCAUACAUCUGCGUCAUGGCUGUCUGUGAAUGAAGAGGCACUGUUCGCUCUUGCUUACAGCACUGGUCCCAUUCUGCUCGUUAGGAUGGAUCCGUUAUCUGGCAUGGUGUCAGUCAAUGAACUGAAGCAAGAGACUAUGGUGCCACGUUUUCUGUCUGGCAUAGCUGGUGCUCUGAGGGGCAGAGCAAGUGACAGUGACAUGGCGGUGAGUAUGGUGCUGCAUUCUGUUGGCCUCGAGACGUAUUUGUUCUCCUUGAGUCGUGACGGUAACCUGCGCAUGUGGUCAUGCAGUCGUGCGCAGUGCAUCAUGGUCACGGACGCGCUGAACAACGUGGCUGAAAAGGGUCGGAACCUAACGCAAGGCACUCAGAGCCAUGUCCUGCGCAAGGCAGUGGGCAGUGACAACCAGCUUUACCUUGGAGUGUUCCUCUGUUUUGCUUCUGAGUCUCAAGUGUGUGUCCUGAAACCUGUGAGUGAACUUGGAGUCUUCAAGUUGAUACGGCAGUGCACGGUGUAUGCUCCAGAUAAUGACCUGGUUGACUUUGCCCUUGGUAGAGGGCAGCUGUGGGCUGUGUGGCGGACAGCACAGGGUGAUGCAGCGGUGUCUUGUGCUCAUCUGGAUAGCAGUUCCCCAGAGUGGCAACCCGCUAUACUGGAGCAGCCCCCUGAGAGAGAUUAUGUAGUGACUGAUGUUGGAACAGACCCACGUCAGGCCUAUGUAUCAUACAUCUUCCACCCUGGUCAGUUUCCUCUGACUGUCAUUGCAAAAGCACUUGGUAUUUUCCGGCGCUCCUCCCUGCUCUCUGACACGGCAGUCUCGGUAGGUGUCUUGAAAGAACGAGUAUGUGUGGCUGUGGAGGCAGAAAUACAGAGUGAAGUACAGGAUUAUGAGCUGAAUGAUGAUGACUAUCUGGAGGUUGCCAACCGUUGCUGGUUGCGCUUCUACUCUUGCUGUGUUCAGUAUCACCAGGCAGGGGCUCGACCUGUUGGCCUGGUGCUGUUGGAUCAGUCUGGGGUCUUGCUGGUCAAGAAACAGCAGAUCUCUCUUUUCAGGCCGAUGGAUUCGCUGGAACAUCUGCUGCUGGCAGGACCUGACCAGUGUGUUCCACAGCAGUUUAGGUCAACACCAUUCCUCAGUGAAGAUACUGAUACUUGUGCUGAUCUACUCCAUGUCUUGUCCGUUCUCGUUAGCUUGGAGAACCGGUUGCCAGAUGAGGUGAAGGCGGCGUUUGAACGAGAGUUGUACCAGUUGAAGAUUCCAGACCAGAUUAUUGCUGAUAUGGCAAGGGAGCUCAUGUCUGGUGAUGACAUUGUGCUAAACCAGCAGUUCAUGUCAAGCCUCCGCAAGAAGCUGGAGUAUGUGAAGGACAUCUACCCUGCCAUGCUGAUGCUGAUUGAGGCUCUCACCCUGGAUAUUGGGCAGCCAAAGGAACUGGUAUUGGACGACGUCAGUCCUGAGGCAUCACGACUGAUUCUGUCAAUAAGCCACCUGUUCAGCAGUCAUCUUGGUAUCAGCACCAUUGCACAGUCCCUGCAUCAGAUUGCAGUUGUGCGGUUUUCCAUCUGCCGCAACCUGCUGCUCCUACAACAGUUGUUGCUGGAGUGUCACCAGAAGUUGUCCUAUUCAAUGGAUUCUGCUGGGGUGGACACUAUACGAUCUGUCCUCCUUCCUCGAGCAGUGGUGUUGACACAGGCAUACUAUGUCGUCAUGUGGGUGAGCGAGACCCCAGCAACGGCCACAUUUGCAUCCACUAUCUUCAGCAGUAGCUUGCAGCGCAUGGCUGUACUGAAACUGAAUGAGGCUACAGGAGGAAGCAUGGUGAUACCAUGCCACUCUCAGCACAGAACUCUCACGCUCCUAGAGCUGUUUGUGCAGUCAUCAGGCUCAGUACAUGCGCACUCACUGCUGUCGCAGCUGCAAAUAGACGAAGAACUGCUACCUGUGUGGCACACGUCCAUGCUCGCCUACAUAACUCUCAUAGGUCAACUGGUGUGGCCGGUUUGCCGCCAUUUUGUGUUUCCUGAGUUCCUCCUGGCAUCAUGCCAGCACCUCCUGAUACAGGAAUAUGUACGCCUGUUGCAUGGCUGGUGUGAGUGGAACAAUUGCUCUCGUAAGUUCCUGCUGGGCUCUGCAUUGCUUGACAUGGGUGAACCUUAUAAGGCCUAUGACCUGCUUGUUCAGGCUGCAAAGGGGAUCACCACAGAUGACUUCAUGGCUACCAAGCUGGUGCCCUCUGCUGGCACCCUUAGUGAGCAGCGACUGUUGGUGCUGUACUACCUCAAGGUGAUCAAGAUGUUCGAGCAGCAGAGAUGUAGCGACUGCGUGAUCAACAUGGCAAGUACAGCCAUCAGUGUGGCUCUGCCUGAUGACCCAGAUCUACCGACCCUCCACUCUGUAGUGUUCUGCCAUCACCUGAAGCUGGGGCACCACCAAGAGGCAUAUCACUCCCUCAUAGCCAACCCCGAUGCUGCUCGUCGUAAGGACUGCCUGCGGCAACUGGUGGUGACCCUGUUUGAACGCCAGCGAUUAGACACACUUGCUGACUUCCCAUACCAGGGGAUGUAUGAGGACUUGGAGCGUAUAGUGGAGUCUCGUGCACGAUCACUGGACCUCCUGUCUUCCAACUACUACAACUUCCUGUACUCAUUCCACAUGAAGAAGGGAAACCUACGCAAGGCAGCUACUAUGAUGUACGAGCAAGGCGUACGGCUUGGGCAGGAGACCACCGGUGAUUCAGAGUCAUUGCAUCAGCAGGCAAAAUGCUAUCUAGCAUGCCUUAAUGCCCUGCGCCUGGUAGACCCCAGAUAUGCCUGGAUUGUGAAACCGGUGCCCCAUGCUGAGACUGUUAAUGAGCCAUCAGAAAUGAGUCCAAAGCGACAUGCAGAUGGUGAAGAAGUGUUGCAGCGCAAUGUGAAGUGCCAGGUUCAGGUGUUAGAGCUUCGAGACAUACAGAAGGAGUUUGAACUGGUGAAUGCUCGGCUGCGCCUGAUGAAACACAGUCCUGAACUCUGUUCCAGCAUAGGAACGCGAUUGAAUGCUGCUGAGCUUGUGGCUGUCCUGACGAGCGUGGGAAUGUACCAGGUGGCCCUAAAGCUGUGCCAGCUGUUCUCUCUUCCCCACAGUGGAGUAUUUGAGGGACUUGCAGCAGCAUGUGUUAAGUUGAAGGCAGAGACCAGCGGUGCAUGGGACUGGCUUGUCGAGAAUGAUUUCUCGGAGCUUGGAAUUGGAGAGGCAACGGCAGUGUCAUUGGCAUGGCGACUACUGGAGACGCUGCUGAACAAGUAUGAGAGCCCCAGGCAGAGCACGCUGCAUAAGGCUGUGGCGACUCGGCUCUUGGGGUUGGGCGCCUUCCUGCCACACUGGCUAGUUACAUCAUACAAACUGAGGAACCCUGCUGAGCUUCUGCGUGUGCUGCUAUCUGCUGGCAGGCUUGUGGAAGCAACUGAGCUUGCCAAAGAAUAUAUCUGGGCUGUACUGGGACGUGGCAAGGAAUACUUUAGACUGGAGAACUCCCUCCUGGCCACAGCACCUCCCACGUGGCUCCCAUUCCAGACCCUGGACCUCCUCUUGCUGGAACUUGAGGAAUCCAGUGAACAGGAUGGGGAAUAUAAGCAGCUGCAUGCAGAACUGAAAGACCUGGUGGAGUACUACCUACAAAUAGCCACACGGACAUCACAAGAUAAGGUGCUGCUGUUAACAGCGGUGAAGUGAAUCAUUACCGCCAGAGUGGACAACAUUCUCUCAUUUUUACAUUAAUUUUUGUGGUCCCAGCGCAGGUAACAUCAAAUCACCCCUUAGGACAUUUAAACUUCCUACCAUACUCGUUUCACAUUUUUGAACAAGAUGAUCCGGGAAGAACGUAGGAGCCUCUGUUAAUUUAAAUUCUAUCUUGUGUAUUAAGAGGCAAGCAGAAAUUAUGAGCUUGAAUAAGUGAUGUAUUUAUUUCUGUGCUUAGUUUCCAUCAGUAUAGAUACCAAUGCCAUGUAGUUGUUACACACAACUUCAAAAUUUCAUGUCAUCUGCAUCUUUCUAAUUAACACACAAAAAAUCUUCGUACAAUUUUUAAGUGUGUUUUGUAAGUGUUGCCAUAUUAGAUUUUACAUGCCUUGCAUCAAUGGUUCAUUAGUUAUUGCUGUCAAAUAAAUAACUAAAUAUGAAUUUUAUGUGGAUGCCAUUGUACAAAAAUAAAAGUUACAUUUUUUUUGCUCCUUCA